AUGGUAGAUUUUGUGGAGGGAAUACCGAUUCCUCCUGAGAAGAUUAAAGAAACUAUAGACAAAACUGCUGGGUAUGUCUUGAAGAAUGGAGAAACAUUUGAAGAUCGAUUGAAAAACAGUGAUGAAAAUGGCCAAUUUGCAUUUUUGAAAGAUGAAAAUGAAUACAACCCUUAUUACAGGUGGAAGCUAAGUGGCGGUGAAGAUCAGAAGAAGGCCGAAACAGAAAACACAAGUGUUGAAGAGAGACCAGUAGCUGAAAUACCUAAACCCAUUGAUUUAGAAUUCUUGACGGAGCUACCCCCAAUAUCAGCAUUAGACCUUGAUAUAAUAAAACUAACCGCUUUAUUUAGUGCUAGGAAUAGUGGUUAUGGGCCGGCACUUCUAAGGUAUCAAACGGGGAAGGGAAAUAAACACCAGUUUGAGUUUUUGAAAGAGGCACAUUCAUUUCAUCCAUUAUAUAAAAAUCUAGUUAAACAGUAUCAAAAGUUGAUACAAUUGUACGAGAGCCCCGAACUUCUGGGUGAUCUAAUGACAAGAUUGAAAGAAUCGGACAAGUUAUUCGAUAAUGCAUAUGCUAGAGCUCAAUAUAAGAAGCAGCAUAAAGAUAGAAUCAAAGAUGCCAAUAAUCAAAAGCAAGAAAGACAAAUACAAUUUGCUUCUAUCGAUUGGCAAGAUUUUCGUAUUGUUGGGAAAGUUUACUUUGAUGCCAUUGAUGAGGUUACAGAACUAUCAACACCAUUAUCUCGGGAAGAUUUAAUUUAUAGAUCUUUACAGGCCAAAAAUAAAGAGAUGGAAUUACAAAAAGUAAAACCGGUUAUUAAGAAACCAAAGGAAGUUACGCCAAAAUCAAAAGACAUUUCAUCAGAACAAGUGACAUCAAAGGAGGCAACUCCAAAAGAAGCAACUCCAGUGCCAAAGGGAAUGAAAAUUAAAGCUGCUGGUGAAUCAAGAUUAAAGAAUCGGAAAACCAACAUUUCAAACAAAAUGAUAAGAUGCCCUUUAACAAAUGAACUUGUACCAGAAGAUGAAUUUGAUAAUCAUUUGAGGACAAAAUUACGAGACCCAAGGUAUGAGGAACAACAAAACAAUUUUAUUAAAAAGAAUUUCCUACAUGAAUCGAAUUUAACUAAUGAUCAAGUUUAUGAAAACAUCAAGAGAUUAGCAAAGAAAAGAACUGGGGAAGAAGUUGAGACCGAUAAACGACAACAUAUUACAUAG